GGAACUGCCGGGGCACUUUUGCCGUCCUGUGCGGGCUCUGGUGCUCUGGAUCUCUCCUACUUCUCUGCUGCUGCUUCAAUUUCCUAUACACCUAACUUUUUAGUAAAAGUGUAUAUUUUGCUGAGUUUUUUUGGUCUUUUUCCCCCCAGGCUGCUUUGGCGUGGUACCUAUGCCGCCAUCUUAACCGGAAGCUGGAUGUUUUUUGAUAGAGUUUCUAUUUCACUACUAAUGUUAGGAAUUGAACCCAUGGACUUGCAUCUUCUGGACAAGCAGUGUAACACAUGCCACAUAUCCUGUCAUAUGCUUUUCCAUUCUAUUGUAUGGUCAUUAAAAAAACAACAUAACUAGUCUUAUGUUCUUGUAUCACUACAGGAUGUUACAGGAAUUGGUGUCAUUUGAAGACAUAGCUGUGGACUUCACCUGGCAAGAGUGGCAGGACCUGGAUGUUGUUCAGCGAAACCUCUAUAGGGAUGUGAUGUUGGAGAACUACACCAGCCUGAUGUCGUUGGGGAACUGUCUGACCAAACCUGAUUUGAUCUUCAAGUUGGAGAAUGGACUUGCACCAUGGACUCUAAAAGAAGACUCAAUUCAGAUGUUUCCAGAAUUAAAAAGUGAGCAGAAAAUGUACUGGACAAAGACUGAUUUUAAACAAUCCCAGAACGAUUUUUAUCACAAGGUACAUCACACUUGUCAUCAAGGAACAAUUAGAGGUGAGAAGUUGUAUGAAUGUGGGACGACAACCUUGAAUUCCAAGUCAAAGCUCAGUAAGCAUCAAAGUACUCAUACAGGUGAGAUACCAGAUGAAUGUGGGCAAACUUUCAUCUCCAGGUCACAUCUCACUGUGCAUCAGAGAGCAUACACAAGUGAAAAGCCUAAUCAGUAUAAUGCAUGUGGGAGAGCUUUUCUUGCAAUGUCAGAUCUUAAAAAACGUCAGAAAAUUCCUGCAGUUGAGAAGCCAUAUGGGAAAGUCUUCAUCUUCCAGUCAGAUAUUACUGUGCAUCAGAGAACUAACCUAGGUCAAAAGUCAUUUGAAUGUACUGAAUGUGGGAAAGCUUUCCUUACCAAGUCAGCUCUUAAUAACCAUCAGAGAAUUCACACACGUGCAAAGCCAUAUGAAUGUAUUGAAUGUGGGAAAGCUUUCAUCUACAAGUCACAGCUCACUAUGCAUCAGAGGACUCACACAGGUGAAAAGCCAUAUGAAUGUACUGCAUGUGGGAAAGCUUUUAUUUCCAAGUCAGAUCUUAAUAAACAUCAGAGAACUCACACAGGUGAAAAGCCAUAUGAAUGUACUUCUUGUGUGAAAUCGUAUAUCUCCAAGUCACUUCUCACUAUACAUCAGAGAACUCACUCUGGAGAAAAGCCAUAUAAAUGUACUGCAUGUGGGAAAGCUUUCAUUUCCAAGUCAGAUCUUAAUAAGCAUCAGAGAACUCACACAGGUGAAAAGCCAUAUGAAUGUACUGAAUGUGGUAAAGCUUUUAUCUCCAAGUCACAGCUCACUAUGCAUCAAAGAACUCAUACAGGUGAAAAGCCAUACAAAUGCACUGCAUGUGGAAAAGCCUAUAUCUCCAAGUCAAUUCUCACUAUACAUCAGAGAACUCACACAGGUGAAAAGCCAUAUGCAUGCACUGAAUGUAGCAAAGCAUUUAUCUCCAAGGCACAACUCACUAUACAUCAGAAAACUCACACAGGUGAGAAGCCAUAUAAAUGCACUGAAUGUCGGAAAGCUUUUAUGUCCAAGUCACAACUCACUAAACAUCAGAGAAUUCACAUAGGUGAAAAGCCAUAUGAAUGUACUGCAUGUGGCAAAGCUUUCAUAACCAAGUCAUAUCUUAAUAAACAUCACAGAAACCACACAGGUGAAAAGCCAUAUAAAUGUGCUGAAUGUGGUAAAGGUUUCAUUUACAAAAUACAUCUCACUAUCCAUCAGAGAACUCAUACAGGUGAGAAGCCAUAUGAAUGUAUUGAAUGUGGCAAAGGCUUCAUCCGCAAGUCAUUUCUCACUAUACAUCAGAGAACUCACACAGGUGAAAAGCCAUAUGAAUGUAAUAAGUGUGGGAAAGCUUUUAAUGUUAAUUCACAGCUCAUGAAGCAUAAACCUAUUCACACAGGUGAAAAGCCACAUGAAUGUACUGCAUGUGGUAAAGCUUUCAUCUCCAAGUCACAUCUCGCUAUGCAUCAGAGAACUCACACAGGUGAAAGGCCACAUGAAUGUACUGCAUGUGGUAAAGCUUUCAUCUCCAAGUCACAUCUCGCUAGGCAUCAGAGAACUCACACAGGUGAAAGGCCACAUGAAUGUGCUGCAUGUGGUAAAGCUUUCAUCUCCAAGUCACAUCUCGCUAGGCAUCAGAGAACUCACACAGGUGAAAAGCCAUAUGAAUGUACUGCAUGUGAAAAAGCUUUCAUUACCAAAUCAGAUCUUAAUAAGCAUCAGAAUACUCACACUGGUGCAAAGCCUUAUGAAUGUACUCUAUGUAGUAAAGCUUUCAUCCGCAAGUCACAUCUCACUGUGCAUCAGAGAACUCACACAGGUGAAAAGCCAUAUCAAUGUACUCUAUGUGGUAAAGCUUUCAUCUUCAAGUCACAUCUCACUGUGCAUCAGAGAACUCACACAGGUGAAAAACCGUAUGAAUGUACCACAUGUGGGAAAGCUUUAAUCUGCAAGUCACAGCUCACUAGGCAUCAGAGAACUCACACAGGUGAAAAGCCAUAUGAAUGUACUGCAUGUGAAAAAGCUUUCAUUACCAAAUCAGAUCUUAAUAAGCAUCAGAAAACUCACACUGGUGCAAAGCCUUAUGAAUGUACUCUAUGUAGUAAAGCUUUCAUCUGCAAGUCACAGCUCACUGUGCAUCAGAGAACUCACACAGGUGAAAAGCCAUAUGAAUGUAAUGAAUGUGGUAAAGCUUUCAUCAUCAAGUCACACCUCACUGUGCAUCAGAGAAUUCACACAGGUGAAAAGCCAUAUGAAUGUACUCUAUGUGGAAAAGCUUUUACCUGCACGUCAAAGCUCAGUAGGCAUCAGAGAAUUCAUACAGGUGAAAAGCCUUAUGAAUGCAGUGCAUGUGGGAAACCUUACAUUACCAAGUCAGAGCUCACUGUGCAUCAGAGAACUCACACCGGUGAAAAGCCAUAUGAAUGUAGUCUAUGUGGAAAAGCUUGUACCUGCACAUCAAACCUCAAUACGCAUCGGAGAAUUCAUACAGGUGAAAAGCCUUAUGAAUGCAGUGCAUGUGGGAAAGGGUUUGUGUGCAAGUCAAAACUCAUUGUGCAUCAGAGAACUCACACAGGUGAAAAACCAUAUGAAUGUACCAAAUGUAGGAAAGCUUUCAGCACUAAGUUACAUCUCACUAUGCAUCAUAGAACUCACACAGGUGAAAAGCCGCAUGAUUGUAUUGAAUGUGGGAAGACAUUUAUUAGCAAGGCUAAUCUUAAUAAACAUCAGAGAACUCACACAGGUGAAAAGCCAUAUGAAUGCAUUGCAUGUGGGAAAUCUUUCAUCUUCAAAUCGCAGCUCACAGUGCAUCAGAGAAGUCACACAAAUGAAAAGCCAUAUGAAUGCACUGCAUGUGGGAAAGCUUUUAUGUCCAAAUCAUGGCUCAAUGUACAUCAGAGAAUUCACACAGGUGAAAAACCAUAUGAAUGCAUUGCAUGUGGGAAAGCUUUCAUCUUCAAAUCACAGCUCAAAGUGCAUCAGAGAACUCACACACAUGAAAAGCCAUAUGAAUGCACUGCAUGUGGGAAAGCUUAUUUCUCUAAAUCACGACUCACUAUACAUCAGAGAACUCACACAGGUGAAAAACCAUAUGAAUGCACUGAGUGUCGGAAAGCUUUUUUCAGCAUGUCAGGGCUCACUAUGCAUCAGAGAACUCACAGAGGUGAAAAACCAUAUGAAUGCACUGAGUGUGGGAAAGCUUUCAUGACCAAGUCACGGCUCACUGUGCAUCAGAGAACUCAUACGGGUGAAAAGCCUUAUGAAUGUGCUGCAUGUGGGAAAGCAUUUGUCUCCAAGUCACCGCUUAUUAUGCAUCAGAGAAGUCAUACGGGUGAUAAGCCUUAUGAAUGUGCUCCAUGUGGGAAAGCGUUUGUCUCCAAAUCACAGCUCACUAGGCAUCAGAGAACUCACACAGGAGAAAAGCCAUAUGCAUGCAUUGCAUGUGGGAAAUCCUUCACUUCCAAGGCACCUCUCAUUAUACAUCAGAGAUCUCACACAGGUGAAAAGCCAUAUGAAUGUACUCUAUGUGGUAAAUCUUUCAUCUCCAAGUCAAAGCUCACUAGGCAUCAGAGAAUUCACACAGGAGAAAAGCGAUAUGAAUGUACUCUAUGUGGUAAAGCUUUCAUCUCCAAGUCACAGCUCACUGUACAUCAGGUAAAUCACACAGGUGAAAAACCAUAUGAAUGUACUCUGUGUGGUAAAGCUUUUGUCUUCAAGUCAUACCUUUAUGUGCAUCAGAGAAUUCAUACCGGUAUAAAGCCAUAUGAAUGUACUGCAUGUGGGAAGGCUUUCUUUACCAACUCAGAUUUUAAUAAGCAUAAGAGAACUCACACAGGUGAAAAGCCAUAUGAAUGUGCUGAAUGUGGGAAAGCUUUCAUCACCAAGUCAAAUCUAAAUAAGCAUCAGAGAACUCACACAGGUGAAAAGCCAUAUGAAUGUACUGAAUGUGGGAAAGCUUUCAUGACCAAGUCACAUCUAGAUAGGCAUCAGAGAACUCAUAGGUCAUAGCCAUGUGAAUGUGCAGCAUGUGAGACAUCCUAUAUGCUCAAGUCACUUGUCCCUAUACAUCAGAGUACUAACACAGGUGAAAAGCCAUAUGAAUGUAAUAAAUGUGGGAAAGUUUUAUACUGUUAUACCAGAUCUUAAUAAACAUGAGAAGGCACAGGUGAAAAGUGCACGAAUAUGAAUGUGGGAAAGCUUUUAUUUCUCAGUCACAACUCAGUAUAAUUAGAGAAGUGACACUUAGGAGAAACCAUAUUAAUAUUGGAAAGCGUUCAUCUCCAAGUCAUAGCUUACUGUUCAUCAGAAAACUCAGAUAGGUGUGAAUUCAUAAGAAUAUAUUGGAUGUGGGAAGUCAUGUCUCAAUAAGGAUCAAAGAAUUCAAUCAGAUCAAAAACAUGUUGAAAAUUUAGGUAGAAAUGUUUUCUUUGCUAUGCCCAUCAUUAUCACAGACUUUAAGC